AAUGUGUAAAACAAUUUUCGUAAAAUUGUACGGAGUACACUUGAAGCAACUGAAUAAGAAAGAGAAGUAUUUCCCGGCGCUGUGGUUAAAUUUCCGGCUGUGCUCAUCCACGCGUUUCCUGAUCUCCGUAUUCAUUCAUCGAGAGCGAUAUAGAUUUGAUCUUAGAGGUUGGGUAAUAUGAGUGUGAUCGAUCUUCUCACCCGCGUUGACUCAAUCUGUAAGAAGUAUGAAAAAUACGACAUCGAGAAGCAUAAGAACUCCAAUAUCUCCGGCGACGACGCAUUUGCUCGCCUCUAUGCAGAAAUUGAAAAUGACAUCGAAACCGCUCUUCAGAAAGCAGAGACUGCUGGGACUGAGAAGAGAAGCGCUUCUGUAGUAGCGAUUAAUGCGGAAAUCAGGAGAACGAAGGCGAUGUUACUGGAGAAGGUGCCCAAGUUGCAGAAUUUGGCUAAGAAGAAGGUCAAAGGUCUUUCAGGAGAAGAACUUGUUGUCCGUAAUGAUCUGGUUCUUGCAUUACCUGAUAGGAUUAAUGCCAUCCCAGAUGGUUCCUCUGUUCCACCUAAGCAGUCUGGAGGGUGGGGAACUUCAGGCACUCGCACAGAAAUUAAAUUUGAUUCAAAUGGUCAGUAUGAUGCUGAUUUUUUCAAGCAAACAGAAGAGUCUAGUCAAUUCAGGCAAGAGUAUGAAAUGCGGAAAAUUAAACAGGACCAAGGUCUCUCAGUUAUAUCCGAAGGAUUGGAUACCUUGAAGGACAUGGCUCACAACAUGAAUGAGGAAUUCGACAGACAAGUCCCUCUCAUGGAUGAAAUUGACUCCAAGGUUGACAAGGCCACAUCUGACCUUAAGAAUACCAAUGUCAGGCUAAAGGAUACAGUCAACCAGCUACGAUCUAGUCGAAACUUCUGUGUUGACAUCAUUUUGCUCUGCAUAAUACUUGGAAUAGCUGCCUACUUAUAUAACGUUCUGAAGAAGUAAACACACACUGUGAAGCCUAUUUUACUGUUUAAUAUGAUAUUGCAUUCUGAUUUUCUUGUUGGCCUUUUCAUGUUGUGAAAGUCUUGCCAGUAUCUCUCUUAGCAGAAGUCCUCCACAAUUUGUACCCACAUCUAAAUUCAAUUCCUUUUUUCCUUUCUUUUAAGUUGGGUUUCAUUGUGCUCCCGUGUGGCUGUGUAUGUGAUCUAACUGCUGGGCUUUCUGAGUCAUUGUGUAUUAUAAGAAGCUGCUGUGUUGGUUUAUAUUGUUUGCAAAACAAAAUACAUUGGCCAUAUAUUGGUCCGGUUCUCAUUCAUAUAUGUGGUGGGACCUUGCCGGUUGUCCCAAAGGUGUCUUUUUAUUUGCUUUUCUUUGGGAUCGCGUCCACUGACCACUGCUACAAGUGGUGCCUUAAUGGAUAUUUAUAUACUAUUUGGAGACUGACGGGGGUGGGAGUGAGUUUUUUGCAUCAUGUUUUCAAAAAUAUUGCAAAUAAUAUGAAUAAUGCUUCAUUUUUUUUGCUCGACAA